AGACAAAAGAAAAAGCAGUAGAUAGUUGAAGUCUUGGGCUUUAGGUUCUAUAAAUCAAAGGCACGGGGCUGAGGCAUGUUGAGCGGAGCCAGAGGGUUUACAGAGAAACUCUUCUUCUUCCCCAGAUACCUGACGCUUCCUCUCAUGGCUCACUCUAGGGUUUCUGCUUUCUCCACUGCUCCAGGCCUCAAGCGAGUGGGCACGCACAAUGGCAGCUUCCACUGCGAUGAAGCUCUUGGCUGCUUCAUGAUUCGCCGCACUGACAAGUUCCGCGACGCCCAAAUCGUUCGAACCCGAGACCAAAAGGUGUUGGAUGGCCUUGAUGCUGUGCUUGACGUUGGGGGCGUUUAUGAUCCAAGUCGUGAUCGCUAUGAUCAUCACCAGAAAGGGUUUGGUGAGGUUUUUGGGCACGGGUUCUCUACCAAGCUCAGCAGUGCCGGCCUUGUGUACAAGCACUUUGGAAUGGAGAUAAUAGCUAAGGAACUUCAGCUUGAUCAAGGACAUCCAGAUGUGCUACGGUUAUUUUUGGCGGUCUAUAAAAGCUUCAUGGAGGCAGUUGAUGCGGUUGACAAUGGGAUCAAUCAGUAUGAUACAGACCAGCCUCCGAGAUAUGUGAAUAACACACACUUGUCUUCAAGAGUUGGAAAAUUGAAUUUGGACUGGAUGGAUCCUGAUCAGUCAGCUGAGAAGGAAAAUGAGGCCUUUGAAAGAGCAAUGAAUCUCAGUGGCAGUGAGUUUUUAGAUAAUGUUCGUUUUCAUGCAAAGUCAUGGUUACCAGCUCGGUCAAUUGUUAUGGAAUGUCUGGCAGCAAGAAUGGAUAUUGAUCCUAGUGGGGAAAUCAUGGUUUUGAAUAGAUUUUGCCCUUGGAAGCUUCACUUGUUUGAGCUUGAAGAGGAAAUGAAGAUUGAUCCUCCCAUUAAAUAUGUUCUUUACCAGGAUGACAGGAGCAAACAUUGGCGAGUGCAGGCAGUGGCAAUAGCCCCUGAUAAAUUUGAGAGCCGAAAGCCUCUCCCAUCUCAAUGGCGAGGUUUGAGAGAUGAUGAACUCUCAAGAGAAGCAGGCAUUCCUGGUUGUGUUUUUGUCCACAUGAGCGGUUUUAUAGGUGGAAAUCAAAACUACGAGGGUGCUCUGGCUAUGGCUAAGGAUGCGUUGAAACUCUAAGCAUUGAUAGAACAAAACAAAUUGUUAUUUUCAUUGUACUCGUGGCAUUUGAGUAGGGAAGGGAUCUGGGUUUCUUGAUACUGCUCUUUCCCAAUUUUCAGUAUCUUGGUCUAAUUCUUGUUACAGUGUUCUCUAGUUUCUUUUAUAGUGUUGUCCCAUAUAAAGUACAUUUUAACUUAUAUUUGUUAUUCUUCAAGAUGCAUUCAGUAUUAGAACAGUUUGUUUCA